AGCACACACAAAAAGAUAGACAAAAAGAAAAAAAAAAAAAGAAAAAAAAAAGAAAAAAGAAAAUUCCUCUUUUCUCUCGGUUUGUUUCUGGCGAAAAUAUCCAGAAGUUUUCCCGAGAAAGCUCUGAGUUCAUGAAGUGACAAUCGGCGUCGUGUUGGAGGUUUCGUGGUAGCUCGGAGGUCGGGAAAAUGACGUCGGCGACGAGAAUGCCGACGUGGAAGGAGAGGGAGAAUAACAAGCGGAGAGAGAGGAGGCGGAGAGCGAUCGCGGCGAAGAUCUUCACAGGGCUCCGAAUGUACGGGAAUUACAAACUUCCUAAGCACUGCGACAACAACGAAGUAUUGAAAGCUCUCUGCAAAGAGGCCGGCUGGACGGUGGAGGAAGACGGUACUACUUACAGAAAGGGAUGCAAACCUGUUGAUCGCAUGGACAUUGUUGGAGGUUCUGCAUCAGCUAGUCCAUGCUCGUCGUAUCAACCGAGUCCUUGUGCUUCCUACAAUCCAAGUCCAGCUUCAUCUUCCUUCCCAAGCCCUGUCUCAUCUCGCCGUUAUACUGCAAAUGGUAAUGCUGAUGCAAAUUCCCUAAUCCCUUGGCUAAAAAACCUUUCAUCUGCUUCAUCAUCAGCCUCAUCCAGGCUUGCUAACCAGCUUUGCGUUGCUGGAGGGUCGAUAAGUGCUCCGGUCACCCCACCAUUAAGCUCUCCCACUUGUCGAACUCCUCGAACCAGAAGUGACUGGGAUGACCAAACAGCUGGCUCAGCUUGGGCUGGUCAGCACCAUGCUUUACUGCCUUCAUCAACUCCACCUAGUCCUGGCCGUCAAGUCCUCCCUGAGUCAGGGUGGCUUUCCAGACUGGAAAUUCCCCAAAGUGGACCAUCUUCACCUACAUUUAGCCUUGUCUCGCGAAAUCCAUUCGGCUUUAAGGAGGAGGUAUUGUCAGCUGGAGGUUCAAGGAUGUGGACUCCUGGGCAAAGUGGAGCUUGCUCCCCUGUUGUUCCUGCAUUCAUUGAUCAAACGUCGGAUAUUCCAAUGUCAGAUGUCAUUGCUUCUGAGUUUGCAUUUGGCAACAAUACUACAGGGUUGGUGAAACCCUGGGAAGGCGAGAGGAUCCAUGAGGAAUGUGUAGCUGAUGAUCUUGAACUUACUCUUGGAAACUCAAAAACUAGAUAAAACUUAAAUGGAAGGGGGUGAGAAUAUUAUCAUCGAUGGGUCUUCGUUUGGUUUCUUCCAUCUCAUUUAGGAGAAAGAACUCGAAUUCAUGUCAAAAAUCCAAGAUUCUGCAUUUUCUGGUUGGUAACAGAGUUGAGUCGGUACAGUGAGUAGGAGCAUGCGUGCUCUCUUCUUCUAAGCCAUUAAAAAUUAAUUUAUAUAAACAGCUCAAGCAGCCCUUUAGUGCAGUUAAUCUUCCAUUCUAUUACAUCUUUUUUUUUUUCUUUUUUUGGAACAAAAGUCUUAGUCAUAGCAUUGACAUUGGUAUUGGUUGUUUGGUGUGAUUCUGGGUUUGUGAUUGGAUAGGAUUCAUAUGUUCAAAAUUUACAUAUCAGUUCCAAUGCUUUUUCCUGAGUCCAAUGUUUUACAAUGUUCUGUCUUUUCGUUCCAUAAUCUAAACUGUCCCUGGGGAAAGGAUGAAAUCAAGCAAUGCAGAAAGCAUGAACAGAUUUUACUUUGUUUGGUUUCCAAAUGGUUCGGAUGAUGUUGCAAUGGUUCUGCAUUUAUUAACUCAAUGACAGCCCUGUAUCAAUUGGAGGAGAAACUUUUAUGCAUUUCAUCAUGUGAAUGGAACUCGUUGUAUUAUUUCUUCCUUGUGGAAAUAGGAAGAGCCGUAAAAAGUAAAAAUUCUCAUUGUUU